AUGAAUACCAUUUUUCAAAUCAUGAUUUCUUUACUAGUAUUGUUAGUACCUACCAGUUGUGAAGGUGCAACCGUGGAGAGAGCAUUCUCACUUUCUAGAGAUGUUGUAUCAGAAAUGCUAAUUACUCCCAGUAUUAUACUGUUUAUUGGUACAAUUCUGUUGGGAGUGUGUAUUUUUAUUAGAAUUUAUCAAAGGAAUGAAAUCAAUUCUUAUUAUCAAGAUAGAGAUGAAGAAUAUAAACAGAAACUGGCAGGUACAUUUGUACCAAUUGAAAAUUCUGAUGGAGAGGUGGUAUCUACAAUACCUAUACAAAUAGCACCACUAAUUGUUAUUUUAAAGAUGAGUUAUCCAACAACAUGUUGGAGAAUUCCACAUUCAAAUCAAGAACGAAAUGCAACUCAUAUGAAGAGUGGUAUUUUGUCUUUUAUUUUGGGAUUGGGUUGUUUAAUUGCUUUUUUAAUACCCAUGUCUAUUGGUUUCAGUGUGGUGAAUAAUGUCAUGUACAUUACUUCAAAUGUUUCAAACAUUCCAAAUUCUUUCCAAUUGUACUACUCUAACUAUAUUUAUGCAUGUUGUUUGGAGGUUUAUAAUAGUUAUUAUGCCUUAGAUCAGGCAACAUAUAUUACAACAUCAACCUAUGACUUGAAUGUCUUAGUGAAGGGCAUUAAUAGUCUCUAUUGUGCAAUUCCUCAACAAAAUACAAAUACUCACAAUGGAACUAUUUAUGGUAAUUUCAUAGAUCAAGUUAGAGGAAGAGCUCAAGCAAUCGAAUAUGCAAAAACAAGCUGCAAUGCAGGAGCUGUAAUAUUUGUACCAGAUAUAUUGGAGACUGUUGUUGCCACCGGUAGUUGUGGGAUUUCUUUGGGAUUGUUAUUCUUUAUAUUUGGAAUAGUUUGUUUUUUUAUGGGUAGAAAUCUUUCACAAGAUCUACCUCAAUAUACUUCCAACAAUACAAUUCCAGUCAUAUCUUCUGUGAUGAUGAAUGAAUUACCUGAACAAAAUCAAAACUCUACUGAAACUGAAUCAAGUGAUUUUGUCCUUUAUUCCCACAAGAUGAAAAAGGAACAAAAAUCAGACCCAUACUGUAAAGAAUGA